UCUAACAGAAACAAGCGCAAAACGCCCCAAGAUUGUUAGUCCACGGUUUUUGUGGACCUUGGGUAUGCACCACUCAACGCGGCACCGCGGACCGUCGCGCGUGCGACGCGUUGAGAGGGACGGACCCAUGAUGAUAUAUGGCGGAUACAUGUGAUCCGUCGACCAACCUCAUCCUUCCCGUCCAUCUUCGCAAUCAUCAAUUUUUAAUCCAAGCUGUCAAUUGAUCUUUCUGCACGCCAGCAUCCUAGCAUAUCCGAUACAUUUGCGGCCUUCAUCAAUUUCUCGACAUCGCGUCCAGAUCCCAGCAUCAUGUUUCUCAAGCGGAAGCGUUCCUCAUCUGAGAUGUGCUCAUCAACCUCGUCGUCGUCCCCAUCCCCUUCGCGCGCCAGCCCCAUGUCCUCCAUGGACAUGGCCUCUCCACCCGGCCACCACGGGCGUACCAUGAAACGCCUUCGCAACAGCAGGCCCUCGGACAAUCUGGUUCACCAACGUACUCUGGGGAUGCUCUACGCUGGCGCAUCGCAGCAGACCUCGUCCCAGACCGCACCCAUUCGUCAGUCAUCAACACCCAUGACAGACUCCCAUCCUCCCUCAGCAAACGAAUCGCUCCAUCGGUUCUGGAACAUCCGCAGCGCUCCCACACCAUCACCAUCCGUCGAACGACGGCCAUCCUUCCCAACAUGCUGCGAUGACUGCGGCACCAGUCUAGGUGGCGGUGACCAAGGCAUGGAUGUCGAAGACACAGAGGACCCAUCCUGCAUUGAAUGUGCGAAAAUUGUAUGCCAGAGUUGUUCCAUCAGCAACCUGGGCGCGGAGAGGCGGUGCCUCAAGUGUGCGAAGCGGCAAACGUGGUCUGGCCCUGCCAAGCCCCCUGGCCGCCUCUUCAGCUUCACUCCGACAGUAUCACAGGAUGUCGAGAUGCUAUGAAUUCUGUUUUUGAUGGGUCAUUCGGUCGGCGUACCUAUCAUUUGGCAUGGAGUUUUGGGGUAUAUGCAUCACUUUUGGACUACGACGUCAGCAGCAUGGCAUCAGUGAAUUGGGUCGUGUACAACAAUAAU